AUGAUGAAACUUGGGUUGGUGUUGAUGCUGCUGCUGGUGAGCGCCGGGGGGGCACAGCAGCGAUGCUCAUGGGAGGACAUGAAGUACCUCGAGCUGCUCUACGUGGGCACCAAUGGAGAUGGCUGGAAAUGUGGAGCACAGGGAAGGCCAUGCGAGCAGCCGACCAGCCGAUCGAGCGGCUCCUCGAUCGGGCUAGCAUGGGGGGUUGGUGGAAAUCUUGGUUGGCAGCACAACGGAGCCAUCAAGCCAUCGGUCCCUGACUGUUGCCUAUGGUAUGGUAUAUUCUGCACGGCAGAGGGGAGCAGUGCGGUGAGCGCGAUAGUUUUACCGCACAAUCGCCUCGUCGGGGCCUUGCCGGAUGGAAUCAGCGUCUUUGAGAAUCUCGAGGUGCUCGAUCUAUCCGCGAAUAAUAUCAGCGGAACCAUGCCCAUGGACAUUUCAAGACUAGAGAGAUUGAAAGAUCUCAUCUUGUUUGACAACCUGUUGACUGGAUCAAUCCCUGACCUUAGAAAGCUCCUAAGACUAGAGAAGAUCGUUCUCGCUGAGAAUUUCCUCGAAGGAUCGAUUCCAGCUGCUUGGGGAGAGCUAGUGAGGAUUGAUAGUUCGUGUCUUCAGCACAAUCUUCGCAUGAUCAUACUGCAAGAGAAUUUGCUGACCGGAACAAUACCUGCUGAACUUGCGCAGCUGAAGAACCUUUCUCAUCUUUUCCUGCAUAACAACGAACUACAUGGCACCAUCCCUCGAGAGCUUCUGCAGCAAGACAGGAAGUCCAACUUGCAGUACUUCUACGUGAACGGCAAUGAUCAACCUCACAGACUUGUACCUGAACUUGACAAUGAGCAGAUGCAUUCAGAAUCAGGAUUGAGAGAGGUCGAUGAUGACGAGAAGAAUGUUUGCAAAGGUGACAAGGUUUGUUCCCCUCCGGACUCAGACACCAUUAUGGACCCCGAGACUUGGUACCGCAAAAGAAACAUUCACGAGUACAGGAAACAUCUGACGGAACGGAACCGCAAGAGCAAAGUCGAGAAAGUGAAACGAUACCAUGGCGUCAAGUACUGGCAUGAAGUUUAG